AUGGAUCUCGUCAACCACCUCGAAGGAAGACUGCUCUUCGCUGUCCCCAAAAAGGGCCGUCUUCAACAAGCCACGCUGGACCUCCUGGCCGGCUGCGACAUCCAGUUCCGUCGCGAAACCCGCCUGGACAUCGCUCUGGUCAAGAACCUUCCCAUCGCCCUCAUCUUCCUUCCCGCCGCAGAUAUCCCCACCUUCGUCGGUGAAGGCCGUGUUGAUCUCGGUAUCACCGGUCGCGACCAGAUCGCCGAACACGAUGCGCUGCUGCCCCGCGGCGAAGUCUCCAACGUGGAGGAGGUCAUGGACCUUGGCUUCGGCGGCUGCAAGCUCCAGGUGCAGGUCCCGGAGAAGGGCGACAUCACCGAGGCCAAGCAGCUGAUUGGUCGCAACAUCGUCACCAGCUUCACUGCUCUCACUGAGGCGUUCUUUGCCAAGCUCGAGGGCAAGAGUGAUGCUGACAAGAGCGAGCUCAGCACUAAGAUCAAGUACGUCGGCGGCAGUGUUGAGGCUGCUUGCGCUCUGGGUGUUGCUGACGGCAUCGUCGAUCUUGUUGAGUCCGGUGAGACCAUGAAGGCCGCUGGUCUCAAGGCCAUCGACACCGUCGUCGAGACCAUCUCCGUCCUGGUCAAGUCCAAGAAGACCCAGAACCCUCUGGUUGACCUGAUCGCUUCCCGUAUCCGCGGUGUCAUCACCGCCCAAAAAUACGUCCUGUGCCAGUACAACAUCCCCCGCGGAGAACUGGCCACCGCCUCCAAGAUCACCCCCGGCAAGCGCGCACCCACGGUGACCGCUCUGGAAGAAGACGGCUGGGUUGCCGUUAGCUCGAUGGUCGAGAAGAAGAAGAUCGCGACGGUCAUGGACGACCUGACCAAGGUUGGCGCAACGGAUAUUCUGGUCCUGAACAUCGCCAACUCGAGAACGGGUUAA